AUGAGGAACACAAAAGAAGAUUUCUUUAAAUUGGCAAAUUUCGCCAACGUUCUCGGGGCAUUAGAUGGAGCUCUCAUCCCAGUGCAAGGCCCUUUACGCGACGAACAUUUGUAUUUCAGCCACGAAGGAUACCAUGCUAGCAACGUUCAGUGCAUAGUGUCAGCUAAUGGUGUUUUCUUGGACAUCGUGGCAAAAUGGUCUGGUGCGACACAUGAUGCAUUGAUGUGGAGAAAUAGUGGGAUAGCGGAAUUGUUUGAGAAUGGUCAAGUUGAUGGCGGUAUGUUAUUAGGGGAUUCAGGAUACCCUAUUAGACCAUGGCUAAUGACUCCGUUCUUGCAGCCGGCAUCACGACAAGAAAGAGCAUACAACAGAGCUCAUACAACCACUAGAAGCUCCUGCGAGAGGGCAUUUGGUGCGUGGAAAUCAAGAUGGCUCUGCCUACAUAAGUCUGGAGGAUGCAUGAUGUUUAUUCCAGAGCGAUGUGUCCUUGUCAUCGUUGCAACUGCAGUUCUUGAGCACAUUUGCAAAGAUAUUUUUAUCCCAGAACCGCAAAUGACAUCUUCGAUGACACAAGUGACGUACACGAUGAGGUGGUAG